AUGUUAGAAUCAGAGAAAUUGGAAUGGCUUCGAAAGAAUCAACCAAAGCUUAGGGUCUGCAAGUAUAGUUCUCUAAAUAAAGAAGGCGAUCAGAGUCAAACCACAGGGUCAAACAUAGGUAAAAGAGUUGUUUUGCCAUCUUCGUUUGUGGGUGGUCGUAGAUUUAUGGAUCAAUUGUACUACGAUGGGAUGGCUAUCUGUAGUAAAGUUGGGUUUCCUGAUUUGUUCAUUACAUUUACCUGCAAUCCUAACUGGCCUGAGAUUCAAAGAGUUAUUAAUCCACUUCAUUUGAAACCACAAGAUCGACCGGACAUCAUUUCAAGAAUAUUCAAAAUCAAGUUUGAUCAAUUGUUAUCCGAUUUAACCAAGAAAGGGGUACUAGGAAAAGUUCUUGCUUAUAUGUACACCAUUGAAUUUCAAAAGAGAGGAUUGCCACAUGCCCAUAUAUUGAUCUUUCUUCAUCCUUCAAACAAAUAUCCAGGACCCGAGGACAUUGACAAGAUCAUUAGUGCGGAAGUGCCUGAUCCCCUGACACACCCACGGUUGUACAAUUUGGUAAAAAAUCAUAUGGUCCAUGGUCCUUGUGGUUUGGCAAAUGUUCUCUCACCUUGCAUGAAAGAUAGUAAAUGCUCCAAGUUUUACCCCAAGAAAUUUCAACCUGCAACUAUAGUGGACCAAGAUGGUUAUCCUGUUUAUAGGAGAAGAAAUAACGGACACACAAUAGAGAAAAACGGUGUAAUCUUUCAUAGUGGUCAUGUUGUUCCUCACAACCCAAGUUUGUUGUUGAAGUACGAAGCCCACAUCAACAUGGAAUGGUGCAAUCAAAGUACUUCCAUCAAAUACCUUUUCAAAUACAUAAACAAAGGUUCGGAUCGAAUUUCUGCUGUCAUACAAGGUGAAGAAAAAGACAACGUUGACGAGAUCAAGCAAUAUUUGGAUUGUCGUUACAUCUCUCCAAGUGAGGCAUGUUGGAGGAUAUUUUCUUAUUCUAUACAUGGUAGAAAGUCGGCCGUAGAGAGAUUGUAUUUUCACAUGGAAGGUGAAAACUCCGUAUUCUACAAAGACUACGAGCAAGUUGGUGAUGUUUUACUCAAACCAUGUGUAACCGAGUCAAUGUUCACUUCUUGGUUUGAGGCCAACAAAACUUACGAAGAUGCUAGAUUACUAACUUAUGGUGAUUUUGUUUCUAAGUUUGUUUACCAUAAACGAAGUCGAAGUUGGAAACCAAGGAAGCGAGGAUAUACAAUUGGUCGGCUUAUUUGGGUCCCUCAAAGCACAGGUGAAUUGUUUUAUUUAAGGAUGAUGCUCACGGUUAAAAAAGGCCCUUUGUGUUACGAAGACAUCAAGACCUUGGAUGGUAAAAAACAUAAAACUUUUAGAGGAGCGUGCUUUGCAAUGGGAUUUCUACAAGAUGAUCGAGAAUUUGUGGAGGCAAUAAAAGAGGCACAUGUUUGGGGUUCCGGAGUCUUUUUACGGAAAUUGUUUGUUACUAUGUUAUUAUCAUCAUCCAUGAAUAGGCCAGAGCAUGUGUGGAGGAAGACUUGGAUGUAUUUAUCAGAUGGAAUUCUUUACGAACAACGAUUAUUGGCUGGAGAUCAAGGUUUGACACUAACCGAUGAGGAGCUAAAGGAUUUGACGUUAAUGGCUAUUGAAUCAUUGUUGCAAAACAAUAAUAAAAGUUUGAAGGAUUUCAAACCAAUGCCAUAUCCAAAAGACUAUAUUGUUUCCUUUAUAGGAAAUAGGCUUCUUUACGAAGAGCGUCAAUACAAUGUUGUCGAACAACAACAACUUUUUGCUGGUUUGUACUCUUCUCUUACAGAUGAACAGAGAGCAAUUUUUGAGGAAAUUAUGGAUUGUGUAGAAAAGCAACAAGGUGGGGUUUUUUUCUUAUAUGGCUACGGUUGA